CUAAAUUUAGGUUUAGUUUCGUCAUAAAAAUAAUACUUUCUCCGUUUCAAAAAUAAUAAUCUAUUUUAAAUAAAUUAAAAAAGAAAAAUAAGUUUUUUUUUUUUUAAAUAUAGGGAAUAAUUUUUUUUAAAUUGAAGUUGAAAAGUUGAAGUGUUUUUGUGUACUUUCCGUAAACCAGUUCUGUGUCGAAUCAAAAUGGAACAACAACUCCGAAAUCAAUUAGAAAUGGAGAAAGGUUACUACAACAUGAAACAACCUGAGAUUGAAAGUUCUGGAAUCCCAGAAGUCGACAACGGUGAAUACUGGCCACUUUCUGGGAAACCCUAUAUUGAUAUGGUUCUCACAAUGUCAAGUGUUAAGCCCAUUUACAAUUUGUAUUUACCCAAGAAAAUUACGAAUGAGCUUCCUUCUACUGGAGCCCCUGUGGUCCUUACUUGUGGUCAAAAGAAGUGGGAUAUGUUUUACGGUGGAGUCAAAUCUAAUAACAAAUUCAGCAAUGAGUGGAGAAAAUUUGCGGAUGAUAAUGAUCUGAAGGAGGGGGAUGCACUUGUGUUUGAACUUUCUGAAUGCAGUGCUCGCAAAAUCCAUUUCAGGGUUCAGAUUCUCAGGGGUGAUUUCCCAGCUGAAUUGAUUCCUGAAGAUGAGGAGGGUGCAAACAGUAAGAAUCCAAUAGUACUUGGUUAAAAAGUACCCUUCUAAUUGUUGGAAGUUGUAGAUUAAUGGCAAGUAUUUAGUCAGUUUAAUUUUCUGCAAGAUACAUCCGCAGUUGUAUUAAAGAAUUGACUUUUUAUUUGUCCUGUAUAUUGUCUAAAUUGCGACUCUGUGUGAAUCUUCUGGUUGUGUCCUAAGUAUUAAGUCUCCUGUAUCAUUUAAAAGAAUGGAGUAGUUAUCUUGACGACUACAUGCCUGUUGUUAACAUGUCAAUAUAAUGAAAUAGUCUUUACUUUUUGUAUUUGA